AUGGAUGUGUACUUCGAGGUACAAAGAGGCCCAACGUUCUGCAUUGAACUAGGUUACUGGGACACAGUGUUAGAGAUCAAACAAAAGAUCGAAAAGUAUCAACGUAUCCCUGUUUCCAAACAAACCCUUUUCUUCCAAGGCAAGGUUCUUCAAGACGAUCACGACAUUGAACAAUGUGCAAUCCUCAACAACUCUCAUCUACAGAUUAUCAGCUCUUCUCCAGGCACAGAUCAACAGCGCAACAAUCAAGUGCUCAAAACCGAGCAAUCUCCACCGUCAAACUCAACAGAACAGAUCAUUAACGGUCAAGAUUUGCCUGUGAUGAUGCCUAGGACCAACAACAAUAACCACCCUAAGAAGCUGAGAGUGAUGGUGCUGCCUAAAAGUGGGACAAUGAAGAUACCGGUGGAGGUUAACGCGAGUGAUAACGUGGGAGAGCUGAGGAAGGAGCUGGUUAAGGUUCAACAGAGGUUUCAGUUAACUUUGCCUCAAGAAGGUUAUUUCUUUAUAUACAAACAGAAUGUUAUGGAGGAUGACCGGUCAUUCCGGUGGCACCGUGUUGAUAACGGUGAUACAAUUGAAAUUUUCAAUGGAAGUGUUUCUGGUGGAUCUUAA